UCAAGAUGCGUCGCAUCUCCCGGAGCUGGUGAAGGUGUUUCUGAAGUGGUUUUUAAGGAGAGGGGUAGAAGUCGAAAGCGAAGAGAGGGAAUUACUGAUGAACUUAGGUCCUUGGUUGGACCCAACACCACUGCUCCCACCGGAAAGGACGAUUGUCAUGCUACAAAAUCGUCCGAUCAGGCUACUAGAAAUGAGCAACACCAACGCCGUUCUACUAGCACGAGUCCAGCUCCCACUAAAACAAAUGGGGGUAACAGUGACUUGGGUAGAGGAAAAAGGGUUAAACUACCCUCGAGAAUCAGAGCUGACGCUGUGGCCUCACCGGGGAAGGAUAACGAACAUAGAAACGGGGGAGGAAUACAACUUGUGGGCUCCAGAAAACGGGGAACUUCUGAGAAAGUUCACCGGAAAACCAAACCUUCCUUUUAAAAUGACGGUUUUAUAUUGGAACGUAAGAGGGAUUGCAAGACCUUCUUUUAAACCAAACUUGCGGUUACUUAUAGCCCAACACCACCCGAAAAUGGUGGUUCUUGUUGAAACGCGUGUGUGCCGAGCCAAAACCACCCUCAUCCUUGAAAACAUAGGCUUCGAUUCCUGGCAUAUGGUUGAACCGCGGGGUUUCGCGGGAGGUAUUAUCAUCCUCUGGAACUCAGAUUGCAUUAAGUUCCACGUUGUGGGUGACAAUAUCCAAGGAGUGCAUGGAGUAGUGGAGGGAGUUACGCCAGAUGUUCCAGGAGAUCAAGAUUAUGCAUUGCAGUAGGGAUUUAAACAAAAUAGCGGAUUGUAUGGCUCGUAGACGGGAUGAUGAUCUAUAUGGUUGUAACAAUGUAACUAGGUUUUUCCCCUAUCCCCCUAGUUAUUGUAUGGAUUUAUAUCAUGUAGAAUGUAAUUCAGGGCCGGUUGUGGCCAGUAUGGAUCAAAGUGGUAUGUAACGUUUUAACUAAGUAAUUUAAUUCCUCUUUUCACCAA